AUGGACGUAGAAUCUACAACCACCACAGCAAACCUUUCUCAAAAGUCGUCUUCUGAGAACACAAAAGCAUUAGAAGACAAUAUUGUGAGUUUGACUGAAGACGGGAAAAAAGCGUUUGCUUUACAUGACUAUGAAUUAGCAAUUGCAAAGUUUGGUGAAGCCUCUGAUUUACUAGGUAAACAACAUGGUGAAGAAUCCACUCAAUACGCAGAUUCCUUAGUUCUAUAUGGUAGAGCAUUACUCGAAAAUGCCAUAGCCCAAAGCUCUGUAUUUGGGAACGACGCAUUACCAAAAAAUACUGAAGAUUCAAAUGCAAUGCCUCUUGAAGUUCCACUUGAAAAAAAACAAAAAUUCCAAUUCGAAGGUGAGCCAAAUUUCGGCGAAGACGAGAUCGAUGAAGACGAAGAAAUGACAGAUGCAGAACCAUCAGCGGAAGCAGAAGAUCAUUCGGAUGACUUGAGCGUCGCAUGGGAGUCUCUUGAUGCCGCAAGAGUUAUCUACUCAAAAACUGAUGUAGAGGAAGCGAAGACUAAGUUGGGAGAUGUGUAUAUUGCGUUGGAAACGUUCGAUCAGGCAGUGAAUGAUUACAGAGAGGCAUUGAAUAUCAAAUUAAAGAUAUGUUCUGAAGAAGAUCCUCUUGCUUUAGAACUUAGCACAUCUGAGCAAGACCUUGCCGUGGACCACGUUCAAAAAGCAAUUGAAGUGUUGGAGAAGCGAAAAGUUUUCUUGAGCACACAAUUAAAUGGUAUUAAGGAUCAACAACAACAGCAAGAUUCUGGCAAAGGAAAAGGUAUAGCAACAGAUCAAACUGGUCGGGAUGAUGAUAACACUACAAAAGUUAUCAAAAAAGAGUUGAAUGAGAUCGAGGAUUUCUUAGUGGAGAUGAAUGCAAAGGCCGAAGAUAUGAGAAUUGCAAAAAUUAUUAGAGAACAAGUGUCAAGCCAUGAUCAGCUUUUCAACGAUCUGUUAAAAUCAGCUGUGAAUCAAGAGACGACGACGUCAACAUCAUCAUCAUCAACAGAAACAAGCCCUUCAAAAUCUAAAUCUGUCAACGAUUUGACUUCAUUAAUUAAACGCAAACAGCAGCAGCAAUGA